AACUCGCCGUAGAACUGAUUUCACCCGACUCCGAUCUAGGGUUUCUCCACAUCAAUUAGGAGUAGCAAAGCUCGAAAGGUAUAGUCUUGCGAGCUUAUUCUAUCUCUAUUUUCGUGCGUAUAUUCGAUUUUCGUAUGUGUUUGACAUACUACAUUUGUGAGAAGUCCUUGGUUUAUGAGGUAGUUGAGUGGAAAAUUCUUCUGGCGAGAGCUGGAAAGGUUUUGCAAGGCGAAGAAUCUUAUUUUUGCUGAAGUUUUCAGGGUCAUGAGGCCUGUGUUCUGCGGGGAUCUCGAUUUUGAUUGUCGCGAUUCUGAUGUUGAACGUCUUUUCAGAAGAUAUGGGAGGGUUGACAGGGUGGACAUGAAAUCUGGCUUCGCUUUUGUUUACAUGGAAGAUGAGCAUGAUGCAGAGGUUGCAAUCCAGAAACUCGACGGGAUACACUUUGGUAGAAAGGGAUGCAAAAUUCGUGUUGAGUGGACUAAGCGAGAACGUGGUGGCCGAAGGGAUGAUAUCUCGAAAAGAUCUUCAACCAACUCACGGCCUUCAAAGACUUUGUUUGUGAUCAACUUCGACCCCAUCAAUACUAGGAACAGAGACAUCGAAAGGUACUUUGAACAUUAUGGAAGAAUAUUAAGCGUCAGGAUCAGAAGGAAUUUUGCAUUUGUGCAAUAUGAGUUGCAGGAGGAUGCUACCCGAGCAUUAGAAGCAAGCCACAGGAGUAAUUUCAUGGAUCGAGUUAUUUCAGUGGAGUAUGCAAAUCGAGAUGAUGAUGGGUAUAACCCUGAUGGAAGAGUUCGAGAUGUGUCCCCCGGUAGAAGGAAUUAUGAUCGUGGACAUUCUCCAAUUCCAUACCGAAGGGAUAGGGGUAGCCCUGAUUAUGGACGUGAAACUUUACCAAGCUCUAGAUUUGAGCAAAGGGAUAGGGAUAGGCAUAGCCCUGAUUAUGGACGUGAAGCAUUAUCAAAUUCUACAUCUCAGCAAAGGGGGAAGGGUAGCCCUGAUUAUGGACGUGAAGUCAUACCAAAUUCCAGAACUCAGCAAAGGGAAAGGGGUAGCCCUGAUUUUGGACGUGAAACUGUACCCAAUUCUAGAUCUGAACAAAGCAACAACCUUCAUUAUGGAACAGCAGAAAGCCCUUUGAACACCAGAUAUAAUAUCCAUUCGCCUCCACGUGAAAGAUCUCGAUCUCGAUCUUGAGGAAGAAGAUUACUGUUGGAUGCAUUUGGUAGUAGCUGUUAUCGUCAUUUUCCCCUUUGAUUCUCUAAUUCUGUGGUGUGAUCUUUGAAUUGGAUGGACGGUGGGCCUAUUCCAUGUUUAAACAGCUGAAUAUAUAUGCUCUUGGUAGUUGGUCUCA